AUGGACUCUUCGCAAACUAUUACCGAUGACCAAGAAAGAGUUUACAAAGUCUACAACAUGUACAAGAGAAAGAAGCUAGAAGAAACAGAAGAAGAAUGGCGAAGCGUGAUCAAAGAGGCUUUCAUACGAAACGUGGGCACGCUUAAAUCGCAGAGCAGCGCGUCGCAGUCCGCCAUCACGCUGUACCCGUAUCUCAAGGUGUUAGAGGUGGAUCAAUUUGUGGAGUUAAUAAUGUCGGAAAUAAAUAAACUGGUCGACGGAAGCGAAACGUACAGCCCGACUUUGAAGUUAUUGCAGAGGGAUUUAGGAACGCAAGUUUAUCAAAAAUAUCAAAUCGAGCAAUACCGUCGCAACGGCGUGCUGGACAAGACGUUCACGAUCUACGAGCAGUACUGCUCGUGGUACCUGCGCCGGCGCCCGCGCGGCGAGGGCGGCGCCGUGCUCAACGCGCGCCAGGCCUGGGCCGCGCUGCUGCACGCGCACGCCGACGGCCCGAGUCUGGAUUACGAGGAAUCGCCGUGGCCGAUAGAGCUGCGUCAGAAUAUCGGAAAGUUUCUGUACAAUAUCAUCAUAAACGAUGUGAAGAUCGAUGUCAAUAUGUUCAAACCGAAAGCUAAAGUUAAGAAGUUGCCGGCGGUGUACAAGGUGCACCGUCCGUGGGGCCGCUCGGUGCGGCAGGAGCUGAAGCCGCACCCGGUGCUGUGGCGCGCGUGCGCCGGCGCCGCCCGCCGCGCGCUGCGCCUGCGCACGGCGCUCGCGCCCGCCGCCGCGCCGCCCGCGCCCUGGACCAGCCCGCGCCGCGGCGCGUACCUGCUCACGCCGCCGCCGCUCAUUCGCAUGCCCUACUACGUCUCCAACCAGUGGAAGCGGCUCGACGAAGCGCCGCCGGAGACGCUGUACCCUGUACUCGACAGCCUUAACCAACUCGGAGAAGUGCCGUGGCUCAUCAACAAACCUAUACUAGAUCUCCAGGUCAAGAUAUUCAGGUAACCGCUUAAGUAAAUAUUAUAUUAAGGCGAUACCUCAAGGUCCAUUUUCAUACAUUUUGUUUCGGCUUUAAUCUGGGUAACUAAACAAGUAUUGGCAAGUAAAGAAUUUAAAUUCACGUCUAGUUAGUGAUUAGUUCUCGCAGUUGAAAGAAAAACGUAAAAAUAAUUAAUAAUCAUGGAUAUUUCGGCCUUUAAAAUUUCAUCAAAUUUGACAAGUACGUAUUGUUAGUGUGAGUGACGGCUGACUGAGUAUACCGGCACAAAUGAGAACUAUAUAUAAAUGAUUAACGCUGUCGCAGCAAAAUAACCGUGAGAUGGCGUUAUUUAUUCUUUUCAAAUUGGAUAUAUCGUAGUAGAAUAUACAUGAAUCAUUUAAAACACAUCAAAUAUGAUAUGCCUUUUAAAUAAUUUUGUAAUGGGAAAAAU